AUGGCGGCCGACGGAAAUCGGAUGCGCGUACUUCGCCCGCUUCAGGCGUGUAACCUCUGCAAGACCCGCAAGAAGAAAUGUGACAAAUCUUUGCCAUCUUGCGGAUAUUGUGUAAGCAAACAAAUCGAAUGUGUCUAUGGGGACGUUUCGUUUCCUCGAAACCCUGCUCUCACCGCAAAAGAUACAUGUUCCAAGCCGCCAUCACUGUGGCCUUCGCCCGCUCGUGCCAUUAUAAAUCCCAAACAUGCUCUGCAGCCAACGGAGGCGUUCGGGCGGGAGGUGUAUUCGGAAGUCUAUCGAGUCAUUCGUGACAAUGGACAGUUUGCCGAUGAUAUCACAGCUCGCUUUUUCAACGGGUUUCAUCACCAGCUGCCGGUCAUCUCGCGGACCUCCUUCUACAAUAGCUUAGCUGUGUCAGAACCAGCCUCCUCCGCUGACAGUUCACUGCUCCUGCUGGCCAUGUCUCUCUUCACAAAGACCCCUGAUGCCCAUGCACAAACGGUCCCCGACGUUGAAAAGAGGCGAGGUCUUUACCUUUCCUUGAAAUCCCUUUAUGCUCAAGUCCAAGCCUGCAGUCCGCCCUCUAUUCCUUUAAUUCAAGCAGGACUUCUUCUCGGUAUGCACGAGUAUAUGAAUGGGCAGCCAUACAAUGCAUUUAUGACCAUUUCUAUGUGUGGCAGGAUGGCUUAUGCCGCAGGAAUUCAUAUGCCCCGCUCUCAUGAACACAUAACUAGCCGCAAUUCUGACUCUCAAUCUCUGUUUCAAGAGGAAGAAGCGGCGAACACUUGGUGGGGAAUUGUGAUUUGUGAAAGAACGUUCUUCUGUGAAUUAGAAUCUAACAGCCAGCCGCUGUUAUCCGUAUUUCCUGCUGGGGACUCCAGAUUACCAAUUGAAUCUCGAAUCCUCGAUCAACUCGAUAUUUUAGAGCAUAGAUCUUUACCUAACAUCCCACUUUCUUGUCUCACCUUUCCAAAUCUUGGAGGAUUCGGCCGAAUGGCGCAGGCUACCUGCUUUUUGGAUCAACUCCGUAAAGCAUUCGAGGUUGAUGACAUCGACUCUAGGCUUCUCCUUCUUUCCAGACUGGAUACCAAUAUCCAGGCGUUCCUAUCGCUGGUAAUGCCACAAUGUCAAGAGGAGCCCGGAAUAUAUUGUUCAGCCAUGAAUAUAACCAUCAGAACGCUGUUCAUACUCCACUGGCAUAUCAUCACGCAGCUAGAAGUUUGUGCGCCAAGAUACGAGUCAAAAGAUGUGUGGUUGGUAAGAUCACACGAAGCGCUGGAGACUGUGGCCAAAAUGGUCAUUGACAUUGCCGAUUUAUUGUUGGCUACACCUGUGCAGGGCACGACAAUGUAUAUGGUCGACACAAUGCCACCGCAAUACCCAUACAUUGCUCGUGCCGUUCUUGGAUAUCUUCACACUAGGAAAUCCACCGAAGAAUCGGAUUGGUCUAAGAAAGCUCGAGAAAUUCUGCAGAUUUGGCUCGAUAAGUACUCUCAAUGA